GCAAAAAAAAAAAACAAAAGUAAAAUUUUUCAUAAAGCACUCUCUCUCUCUCUCUCACAAUAAUUGUUGAGAUCAAUCUACUUCGUUCCUCUCAACAACAACAACACCACCACCACCACCACUUCUUCUUCUUCUUCUUCCACCUAAAACCCCAAAACCAUCUUCACCGAUCCAUCUCUUUAAAAUAAAACAAACCCAACUUUUUAGAGUAUUCCUAGAAGUCGCAUGACCUUACGUAGCUUAAUCCUUGAGAUGCGCUCGAGGCCACAUCGUGUGGUCCAUGAUCUUGCCGCAGCUGCAGCUGCCGAUUCAACAACUCAUGGGUCAUCGCAAGAUCACCGUUGGUCAGAGCUCCCUGAAGAGCUUUUAAGGGAGAUUCUGAUUCGGGUCGAGGCAGCUGACGGUGGCGAAUGGCCUUCACGACGUAGCGUGGUGGCUUGCGCCGGCGUUUGCCGUAGCUGGCGGUUACUUAUGAACGAAACCGUCGCUGUCCCGCAGAUCUCUUCUAAGUUGACUUUUCCAAUCUCUCUCAAGCAGCCUGGUCCAAGGAAUUCUCUGGUUCAGUGUUUCAUCAAACGUAAUCGAGUUACACAAUCGUAUCAUCUAUAUCUUGGAUUAACCAACUCAUUAACGGAUGAUGGUAAGUUUCUGCUUGCUGCUUGUAAGUUGAAGCACACAACUUGCACUGAUUACAUUAUCUCUUUGCGUUCUGAUGAUAUGUCCAGGAGAAGCCAAGCCUAUGUUGGUAAAGUGAGAUCAAACUUCCUAGGAACGAAAUUCACAGUCUUUGAUGGAAACCUGCUGCCAUCAACGGGAGCCACAAAGUUGAGAAAGAGCCGAUCUUCUUCUAAUCCUGCAAAAGUCUCAUCAAAAGUUCCUCUUGGAAGUUACCCUGUCGCUCAUAUCACAUACGAGCUGAAUGUGUUAGGAUCACGGGGACCAAGAAAGAUGCAGUGUCUAAUGGACACAAUACCUACAAGCGCAAUGGAGUCCCAAGGAGUAGCUUCGGAACCAUCAGAGUUUCCAUUCCUCGGUACUCGGUCAACUUUCUCCAGGUCUCAAUCAAAACCAUUGCGGAGCAGCUCUAGCCACUUGAAAGAAACACCAUUAGUGCUGAGUAACAAGACACCACGGUGGCACGAGCAGCUACGUUGUUGGUGCUUGAAUUUCCAUGGCCGUGUCACAGUGGCUUCAGUGAAGAACUUUCAGCUGGUGGCGGCGGCAGCACCUACCAGUGUCAGUGGCGGUGGCAUGGGGUCGUCACCGGAGAGGCAGAACGAGCGAAUAAUACUGCAGUUUGGGAAAGUCGGGAAAGAUAUGUUCACGAUGGACUAUGGAUACCCUAUCUCAGCUUUCCAGGCGUUUGCCAUUUGCUUGAGCAGCUUUGAGACUAGAAUCGCUUGUGAAUGAUUUGUAAAACUUUUUCAAAGGCAUCGUCUGUAUUUAUCUUUCAAAAGAGCAUUUUGUAGCAUUUUGUAAAUUGUGAUCUUUUAUAAGAACAUUUGAGAUCUUGUAUUUGAUAAUGUUACAGUUCCUAAUGUUAUGUAGCAUCUUUUGUAAGUCGUGAUCUUUUGAAAGACCAUUCAUGAUCUUGUAUUUGAUAGUGUUACAGUUCC